CCGGGGUGGGAGGCUGAACCCGGUGAUUAACGUGCGAAGGAGUGGAGCUCGUGCUGAAUGCUGAAGGAACCUGUUGGGAGGAACUCGGGGAGGCACGAGAGGGCCGGAAAUUACCUGGAGUCCUUCGGAGGACUAACGCAGCUGGAGAGGCACUGCUUAGCUCCGGUCAUGUUCAACUACCUGGCAGUGGAGGUGAGGCCCCAGUCCCACCGCAGCUAUGGGAGCCAGCAAGGGGUGUCGGGGCCGCUGAAGAACCGCCUGGAGCAGCUGAAGAAGCCGUGGUGGAGGGAGCCCACCCCGCUGGUGCUGCAGCACAGUGAGACAGCGAGGCUGGCCGUCGACGCCUUCCUGGAGCAGGGGGAGCGUGGCUACGUGAGUGCCAUCACUGAGGAACGGGAACUGCCUUUUCUUUCCAGCCUGGACAUGGAAUAUAUGAGCCAGCAGAGAAGCCAGAGCUUUCCAGAGUCCAGUGCAAGGAGAGACAAAGAGGGUGAGCCUGCUGAUGGAGAUGGGUCCUCCCUCUACUCCGAGCUGACCUCUGGCACCUACUUUCCUCUCAUGUCUGAUGUGCACCCUCCAGAGCUGGAGCUGGGCUGGCCGGGGAUGCCGAUCGUCACCGUGACAGGCCAGACUCAAGCCACCAUCAUUUUCCAAAGAAACAAAGCUAACAGCAUUAAGGAUUUGCUCCGGUCUCUGAUCAGCCGGGCACGGACGGUAAUAGCAAUUGUGAUGGAUCUGUUUACAGACAUGGAAAUACUGUGUGACCUGCUGGAGGCCUCAAGCAGACGGCACGUUCCUGUUUACCUGAUCCUGGAUGAAGAGUACUUGAAGCAUUUUGUGGAAAUGUGCAAUAAAAUGUCUCUCACUCAGGACAGUUUCCCAAACAUGCGCAUACGAUGUCUGAGCGGAGACACGUACUACAGCAAAGCAGGCAAGAAAUUUGUAGGCCAGGUUCUGGAGAAGUUUAUCCUGAUUGACUGUGAUCAAGUUGUUGCUGGUACAUACAGUUUCACGUGGCUUUGCAGCCAAGUCCACACCAGCCUGGCAACCCAUUUCCGUGGUCAAAUAGUCGCAGAGUUUGACAAGGAAUUUCGGUACCUGUAUGCAGAGUCCAAAGCAGUGACCAGCUUCUGUGUGCCAGAUUCCUCACUUCAGAUCCCCUCGGAAGGUGACGAUUUCCUUUUGAAACCCAUCCGCAUGAAUGACGCAGAAACCGUGAGCGCCUCCAGCAGCCUCUCCAAUGUAAGCAUCAAAAGCGUAAAAAUGUCUCCCUUCAUGAAAAACUCCAGCUACAACGUUCACCAGGACAGGCAAGAUUUGAGCCCUGAUUCUGGUGAUAAGAAGGGGAAGGAUGAUGCGUCUCUGAAGCCCACUUGCCCUACGCAGCAAGGGGAACCACCAGAUUCGGCUAACAGUCCUCCGAAUAAAUCCACGCUGUAUCACAAACCAAAUCUCAUGACAGGGAGGACAUUCUUGCAGCCAGAGCUAUCCCCUGUCUUUGGCUCCUAUAAACCUUAUUACCAAGGCAAUGACAGGGCCAACAGCGGCCACUGCUCCACGCUGACACAGGAGCCGACGCAGCAGUGCCCUUCUGAAGGCACCAGCAGCACCGGGCCGAGCACGAAGCAGAAAGGGCCUGCUGCUCCCUCUGGGGAACCAGCAGCAGAAAAUGACAGCAGUUUUUAUGGGAUGGAGAAAAGACAGGGUUUUGGACAAGGGAAAUUGGACUUGCUGUCUCCGUACAACCAGCCAAAACGUGAGAAAAAGCCUGUAGUUCCUUCCUACGAUAAACUCACUGAGGACAUGCUGUCGGAAAAGAGCAGCGCGUACGGGGCUGAGAAAAGAAUGACUCUUGGGCACAGUAAACUGGAUCUGAUCACCAAAUACAACAAGUUGAAAUCCAAACACAUACACAGUCGGUUCGAACUCUGACCUGGUUCUCCCGCGCCCUGCUGUGUCCUUUGGUCUGAGUUUCAAGCAGUUACCACCAAUCAUUGUAUCUGGGGCUUGAAAUCAAAAUAUGGGUGGGAAAUUGGUCUUGAUGCUAUUAAAGGGUGUCUGUGUUACGCUGCAAUUUCUGAUAUAUUCAGAUGACUGAUUCAGAUAAGAUUAGCAAGAUUAAUUCAAAUUUUCAACUACAAGAUGAUAGCAAGAGGGGCAAUGUGACAUAAAAACGAUGCACACUUCUACACACUUCUUACCCAUUUCCCCCUAAGCCUAAAGUAAAACCCCCACAAGAGCUGCAAACUGGAACUGAGGUUUCCAGGACGAACCCCUGUUCUCUUUGCACCAAGCAAUCCCACUGUCCACUUUCUGAAAACGAAAUGAGCAAACGGGGUGAUGUUAGAAAUAAAAGUGCUGUU